UAAAUUGAAGACAAGACCGAAAGAGAGUGAUGUUCUGAUCUCUCAAUAACGACUGAUACUCGUAAACGAAGAAGAAGAAGAAAUGAUAAGGUCGGCUUCACGGCCGUGAUCGCUGUAUUAAUACAGUACAGUGCGUGUGGUGUAGCUGUGAGAAAACUGCGAGACCAAAAUGCACCGAGUGACCGACGCGAAGGAGUUGAUCCUGACGAGCGACACCACCGGGGAGAGCUGGAGCGCCGCUGUGUGGGAUCCCCGGAACGGUUCUCUGUUGUCCGUGUACAAGAACGCGACCGCGCUCGGACACCGCAGCCUUCAGCUUCUGGGCGACAGCUACGUGGUGGGCGCGGACGUCACGAGGCCGCGUAUACACAUCUGGCCGCUGAACAAUCCGUCGCCGUUGCCCAACAUUCGACUGUCCACGCCGGGCAAGGUCAACGCCUUGACCUGCACGCCGAACGGCUCCUACAUAAUCGCCUCCGUGGGCGAGAAGCUGUUCAUCUGGCAGACAUGCAACGGCAGGCUGCUGGCCAAUCUGACCAGGCAUUAUCAGACCGUCAGCUGUCUGGCCACCGCGAGGGACGGCUCGUUAUUCGCCAGCGCCGGCGAGGACGGCCUGGUGUUCGUAUGGUCGCUCUACAGCGCGCUGAACGACCAGCGCUGCUCUCCCGUUCACGCCUUCUCCAACCACAGCUUGCCGGUCAGGGAUCUGCACCUCGGCCACGGCGGUGCCCGCGCGAGAUUGUACACGGUCUCGCUGGAUCGCACCGCGAAUAUCUACGAGCUCGGCAGCGGAGCCCUCCUGGUCUCCCUGGUGUUCGACGCGCCGCUCACAGCGGUCACCGUGAACGUCCGCGAGAGCGAACUCUUCGUGGGCUGCACGACCGGCGAGAUACUCCAGUGUAACCUGCACGAGCCGCCACGCGGGGUCGAGCACCAUGUCACGGUGGGCUCGAGCGAGGAGAGCGCCGUCUUCCAGGCGCACAAGUCGAACGUGACCGCCCUGUCGGUAUCCGUGGACUGCCGUACUCUGCUGUCCGGAUCUACCGACGGCGCGGUCCACGUCUGGGAUAUUGCCAGCCGGCAGGUGCUCAGGACGUUCGAGCAUAAGGGACCGGUUACCGCCGCCUUCUUCGCGAGGGGAUUCGACAAUUUUCGCGCCCCCGUUCUCAAACCGCGCUUGCAAGUGCACAAUCUGCAGAGGACGUCGGACGACGGCGGCAGAGAAAGCGUCGUCGAGGUCGUUUCCAGAGGACGAAACCCAGCGGAGAUUCUAAACUUCGAAUCCUACGCGGAGGAUAGCAGCGAUUCCCGAGGAUCGGACGAUAUGUCGAGGAAGGUGGAGGAUUUACAGAAGGAGGUUCAGAAGUUAAAGAAAAUUAAUGCCGCCAUGUAUCAAUACGGCGUUACGCAUAUCCUGAAAAAGAUAGUCGAUGAUUGAGAGAACUUGAUAUACAUAAACACGAACUUUUAUGUAUUCUUACCGAGAGACUGAAAAUUUAAUUUAUAUAUUUUGUAAACUAUAUCAUUUUCUUUCUAUGAAAAUGUUUUAUCUCGUAAAAGAUUUACUACAAUAUCCUACAAAUUGUAAGAAUACAGUUAUGAAAAAAAAAAUUAAAUGUUUUUUAUUCGAAAAUAUUCUUUAUUUAUAAAUUUUGUUUUUAACAAAUAUAAUAGAUAGAUAAGUGUUAUUAUUUACCGUCUGUGCUAUAUGCUUUUUUCAUCUUUUUUGAAUUGUUCAAAUAUUUAUUUAUUUUAAUUAAGAAAAUCUAUUUUUGGAAUAGUUAAUUUUACGAGAUAUUUACGCUUUCCUAUUAUUAUCUAAAGGUUCUUACUAAUUAUCUUUAUAAUUAAAACGCUAGACCAAAAAUUAAUAUCUCUGACAAAUGAUCCACCAUCGCCAAGUCAAGAAGCGACAUGCCAUUUUUCAUCAACCCACUUAAAAUACGAUAGUAUAAUUAGCAUCUUUUAUUAAGGCGCAAUGAAAUAACGUAUAGGUAAAAAUAACAGUUUAUUGCCAAGUCUGAGAUUCUUGUUCAAAGUUGUAUGAAGGGAUCAUCGGCACACAAUAGAGUAAUCUUGUUUCUCACCAUCUUUUCAGCGUUAAACUAGUUUUUUUUUUAGCGAUGUAAAAAAUUACUGGCUGGUGAAAAGAGUAAUCUCAUUCCAUAUACAUUAAUCGAAAUCUAAGAGAGAGAGAGAGAGAGAGAGAAAGAAAGAAAGAGAGAAGCUCAAUGUGUCUCUUCGCUUGAAAUAAAUUCACUGAACAUA